CAGACGUGGUUCUAGAAGUGCAAUGGCUAGAAGGAUUAGGGAGGGUGACCACGGACUACCGUAACGGAAUCAUGGAGUUCAGAUCUGGAGGUAAACGAGUCACUCUCAAGGCUGGAGGAGAGAAGGUUACUAAGGAGGUUGGAUUGAAGAGUAUCGAAAGAGUUUGGCGAG